ACACAAUUUCCAACAGUAUUGCAUUCUUUUUCUAUGGAUUUUAAUGUUUAAUAAAUAAGCUGACGAUUUGGUCAUGGGACACCUAGGGCUUGGAUCGCGAAUUGAUGGAGUUGUUCAGAGUUUAUUUAGUUGUUUUCUAGAUUGGCGACUCAAACACUGAUGAGUCGCAUUCAAAGAUAUAUUUGUGGAUCAUUCAAAUCAUAUACUAUUCAAAGAUAUAUUUGUUGAUUUCAUUGUGCAAAUCAAAUCGUUGUGCACAGUUACCAGCCGCAGAGCGCGGGCCACUUAUCUAGUAACUAUUAAUUGUUGUACUUUACCGAUUACGAUUAAUUACACGAAAAGUUUGCAAAUUAUACGAUUGCAAUAACUCAAUCAUCUUAAAGAAUGCUAAUUGUAACGAGUAAAGAACGAGUAACACAAUGUGUUGAUUCGAACAACUCGCAAUUCGAUCCACUUGUAACCAGUCCGACCCGUAACCCGAUGAACAUACAGCCCGACUAACUCGUAAUCCGACUUGCGUGUAACACAAUAAACUCAAAAUCCGACUAACUCAUAACUCGAUUGAACACAUCUCAGCCAAACGCGCCAAAUUGACACCUCUCGUUAAACACAAUAACCCAAUGGGGAAAGGAUGAGAGAAAACGAAGAAACAGAAAGAUGAAGGGAAAAAACAGAAAAGGGGACAAAGGAAAGAAAGAAAGAAAGUGGAUGAGGUCUAGUAUUAGAAAGAGUUUUGUCGGGAUUGUGAUUGGUGGGUGUGUUGCUCAACAGCUUCAUGCUUUUGGUACGCCAUUGACGUACAAGCAAAUAAUUCAUAACUGAAAGUACGUACUACCAAAGCUUUCGUGUUUUCAGAAGCGAAAACCCUGUGUGUAGCGUAGUUAGUAGAUUAGUACUACUCUUUUUCUUUUCUACACAUUAAAUAACACUCCAAUUAUUCUCAAAGAACGCCAUAGCUGGAGUCAAGACUCUCCAAAAGUCAGAAAGGGUCAUCCUCUUGCGUGGACUUCCUCACCGGAGAGAAAUUUUUCCCGGCGACCUCUGGGCUCCUCUCUUGGAUGAUCUGAUAGAGAUUGGCCCAAACCGCUGCUUAAUAUCCGGUAUGUAAUGAACCGUAAUUCUAUUUCAACGGUUUAUCUGCAGUAACAUACUUAGGAGUUUGAGCGAUCAUUUUGCUCUGUUUGAUUUUGCACACUGAAUUGCAAGGGGGAACAGUAGAGGCUGGAAAUCUUGUGCAUUUCUCAUAUUUCUGGUACACCAUAUGCUAAUUAUGAAUGAUCUGAUCUGAGUUUGUAUCAACGUUCCUUCCCUCAAUUCAGUUUCAGUUGGGUUUCUAUUUGAAGUCCUUUUGAUGGGUUUUCUGCCAUCGGAUCUUCGUUGUUAGGCGAGUAUCAAGAAUGGAGGUGAAACAAGAGGCGGAAUGGGUUGAAGCACAGAAGAUUUUCACCAGCGUUGACCUGUUGGCUGCAGCCAAACAGCAGCUUCGUUUCCUUGAUGCUGUUGAUAAGAAUCGCUGGCUCUAUGAAGAACCAGCUCUCGGGAAGGCCAUCUACAGGUAUAAUGCUUGCUGGCUUCCUUUGCUAGCCAAACAUUCUGAAUCACCUCUUUUUGAGGGGCCACUUGCUGUCCCGCUUGAUUGUGAGUGGAUUUGGCAUUGCCACAGGCUCAAUCCCGUGCGGUAUAAUUCGGACUGUCUGGAUCUAUAUGGAUCAAAUUUGGACAACUCCCAUGUUGUGUCUUCCAUUGAAGGUACCUGCACAAGACAAACUGAGGAAGUUUGGAGCAGGAUGUACCCAGAUGAGCCUUUUCACUUCGAUAUCAGCAGAGCUUUGUCACCACUUGGUAACAGUGACCAAUCUGUCACAGUUGUUGAGAAAUGCACCAAAUAUGAUUUGGUAGCCGCAGUUAAACGCCAGAUUCCUUUCACCUAUCAGGUGUCCAGGCCUCAUAUGAGCCAUCAUGUUUUCCUUGAAGAAGCCGUGGCCAGAUACAAAGGGUUUCUUCAUCUGAUCAAGAGAAACAGGGAAAGGUCCAUAAAAGCAUUUUGCGUUCCAACUUAUGACAUUGAUCUUAUCUGGCACGCACACCAGUUGCAUCCUGUUUCUUACUGUAAAGAUUUGGGUGCAUUGCUUGGCAAAAUACUGGAGCAUGAUGACACGGAUUCUGACAGAACCAAAGGAAAUAAAUUAGAUGUUGGAUUUUCCGGAACUACCAAACAUUGGGAAAAUACAUUUGGCACAAGGUAUUGGAAGGCAGGUGGAAUGUACAGAGGUGUUGCCCCGUCUCCUGUUACUUCCAGUCAUUUCACAUCAAAUCUUUCGAGUAAAGGAACAGCGCAGCUUAAGGAUUAUCUGGGGACAAUUCAUCUCCCACCGAAGAAGACUGUAGAGGUUAUGUUGGAGAUUGUGGGGUCUAAAAACUUGCCAGAAGGGCUGAACGGAAAGCUCCAUGUCCUGUUUAGCAAAAAACAGCCAGAUCAAUUCUUCAAUGUCAAGCGAAAACUGACAAUUCUCUCUGAAACCGGGGUGAAACAGGUUGCUUCUUUCGAAUGUGAAGCUGAGGGAGAUCUGUUACUUGAACUUGUUUCACAUUCAUCCUCCCAACUGCCAUUAUCCAAAGAAUUCAAGACAGUGGGUUCUGCUUUGCUUUCUCUGCAAAAUCUUUUGAAUCCAAUAACCAAACUUGCAGAAGAGAAAUGGGUGGAAUUGCUGCCUGUUUCUGGAAAAUCGAGCUCAUGCCCCCUCUGCCUGCGAAUUGCUAUAUCUUACACUGUCCCAACUCAAGCACCUUUUGUAUUAGACAUGACUCAUCCUAGGCUACUGCUAAAAGGAUUGUGUUUCUUCCCUCUACCUGGAAGGGUUCAACAUUCUAAAAGCUGGACGGAUAUCACCAGUGAAACUAGUGGUGAAAGGAUGAGCUUGCAGAUGAGGGACUCUAAGAAGUCGAAGGAAAAUGACAAAGGGGCUCCAAUGAAGAAGGUCAUUGGGCUCAUGGAAUCAGGUGAAAGCCGCACACUUGCAGAAUUUUCAGAUUCCCACUGGUCUUUGAUGGAUUCUCAGUGGCGCCUUGGUCUUCAAAGGAAGUCCAAUGAUGAUGGUCAUCUCGCAGAUCUUAUUGGCUGCAGGACGGUGAGGAUUUUCCAAGGAAGAAAGCUAGAUUAUGAGCCCAAAAUCUGUGAGAAAUGGAACAGUGAACAGGACUUCAUGACUCUGGUUGAAUUUUCUGCUCAACAUCCAUAUGGCAAAGCUGUGGGAUUGAUGGAUUUGAAGUCAGGGAUCAUCAAGGUACAUGAAGAAUGGCUGGUGCUGCCUGCAGUUGUAUCAGGCUUCAUACUCUUUAAGAUUCUUGAGAAGAAGCAAUAUGAUAGUUUUACUCUGAACUCGGAAAGCUCGGCGAAGAUGAACGGGGUACUGAAAGCAACCCCAUUGUUGCAUAAAGAUAGUGAAGUGAAGGGUGGCGGGGGUUGUGGCAGUGGCUGCGGCAGUGGAUGCGGAAACAUGGUGAAGAGUGGUGGCGGUUGUGGGUCUGGGUGCGGCAGUGGAUGUGGGAACAUGGUGAAGAGUGGUGGUGGUUGUGGCAGUGGGUGCGGCAGUGGAUGUGGAAACAUGGUGAAGGGUGGUGGUGGCUGUGGGAGUGGAUGCGGCAGUGGAUGUGGAAGUGGAUGCGGGAACAUGGCGAAGAGCGGUUGCGGUGGCUGUGGCAGCGGAUGUGGAGGCGGGUGCGGGGGUAGUGGAUGUGGAAGCAUGUUUAAGAGCAGCAGCGGGUGUGGAGCUGGCUGCGGUGGUUGCGGUACGAUGACUAGAGACUCCAUUGUUAACUCCGGUGAAGAUGGCGCUAGAGAGUUGACCGUGUAUACAAGUUAAGGGAUCGGGGGUUUUGUGCUUUUGAUGUAUAGAAUGUGCGUGGGCGUGAAGAAUAAGCUUUGUUUAGCAAAUAAUGCAUAUGAACUUUCAUCUCCAGAUCAGAUGAGGCCUGGGGGUGGUUCGAUUGGCUGGGAUUCUGGUGCUUCGAGUCACUUGUGUAUAAGUUGCGCUUCUUUCCCUUCCAAGUGUACGAGUUUCUGUUGUUUGUGAGUGUGGUUGCAGCUAAAUACGGGUUCACCGAAGCUUACACAUAUGCAUCACAUGUAGCUGCACUUUUGUUUUCAGUUCUUAUCCGUCCAUGUCCUGCAACUAGCUUCAGCGUUCCAUAUGGGGAAACACGAACACCGAACAUCAACUUCAGAAUUGUACAAUCCAAUUACGGAUACAUUAAUAGGGUUAGAAAAUAAGUGUUUUACUGCGAGGAAAAUCUGGUGUUUGAACUCAAUAAAUGCAACUUUGACUUUUUGAACAACGACAAUAACACGGUUCACACCUCUCCGAACAAUGUUCAAACGAGGGUGUUUGAUUAUUUUGAUGGCUGAUAAAACUAAGUUACGUUACUCCUACUCUAUGGAGGUUCAGUGAGAGCUCUAGAAACUAAAGGCUACGAUUAUGGCUACAUUGCAGAGAAAAAGAUAGAGUUUGACAUGUGUUGUCAAAUGUUUGGUUGUGGAACCCUUGCUUCGUUUUCGUUUCUCCUAUUUAUAGACAUCCCUUGUAACCGCUUUGUAACUGCCUCUUGUAACUGUUGCCUCCCAUGCUUGGUGCUUGAUGUAACUUGUUUGAUGUCUUAACCGCCUUGCUUGCCUGCUGACCACUUGGUAUCCUGAUAGCUUGACGACUUCACUUGGCAAGUAGCUACCUUGUGUCAUGGAGGUAUCUUGCUUGGUGAGUGAGGGCUUCAAGCUUGGUGGUAAUCGUGCUAACCACCCUCGACUAGGGUGAUUGGGGGUCUGAUGGAUGCACACUGACCCCCUUGAGGGUAACAUCAUACUUGUAGGGUCUUGACAAGGUUGUCUACCAUGUGAUGAUAUACAUGGCUGACCACUUAGAAACUUGAUGACCUUGCACGAGACCUUGCACGCCUGCUCUGCUUGGGUACUUGAGAGAUGAGUGUCAAAGCAAUACCGACACCAACUCUCCUUGCACGGCAUCAUAAUGCUUGACCCCUCUUGUGCUAUGGGUCUCAGCACUUAGCCAAAUUUCACCUUCUUUUGUCGCAUCACGUUUAGGGGUACUCGUGAUAGCUCUCCUUGCACGACAUCAUGCUUGACACCCUAGCGCAAGGUAGGUAGAUGGCAUAGUGCUUGACCCCCCUGGGAUGAUGUCAUGCUUGACCCCCCUUGUGCUAUGGGUCUCAACACUUAGCCAAAUUUUGCCUUUCUUUGUCACCACGGUCUAGGGACUUGUGUUGCUCUUCUUCCCUUGCCACAUGUUUGAUACCCGGUAGGCUGCUAGACCCCUUGCGUCCCAUCAUACUAGACUCACCUGGGAAUAUGUCAUGCUUGACCCCCUUGGAUGGUAUCAUGUUUGACCCCCCUUGUACACUAUGACAUGGUAGGUGGUUGGCCGACAAGGGUCUUGAUACUACCACGUCUAGGGGUACUCGUGAUAGCUCUCCUUGCACGGCCUGUGCUUGACCCCCUUGGACGAUGUCAUGCUUGACCCCCCUUGUGGUUAGGUCUCCAUACUUAGCCAAAUUCAUGUUUUUCAUGUCUUGGUACCAAGUUGUGCCCCCUGGCCAAGGAAUUCCAUACUUAGCCAACUUUCAUGUCUUUUGGUAUCAAGCCUGCCUUGUCAGCCCUUGCCGGCUUGAUACCCCGUCGUUGACCUCCUUACUUGGUACCUGGUGAUUUGGCACCCAGUUAUGCCACCUUGUUUUCAGACUUAGUUUUUGGGAGCCAAAUUUCAUACCAAGGGGUGGAGGCAUCAUCCGGCUAUGGGGGACACGGAGACGGGUCGGCCAUCGUAUGUAUAGAGAAGAAGGGGUUUGGUCACUUAGGCCCAAAAACCCAACCCAAUAAAGCCUAAGUAGCUCUUUUAGUUAUUAAUGUUGAGUUGACCUUGUAAAUCCAUUAAUCCUCUUGUAAUCAAUCGAUGUGGUAUAAACUGAUUUUUGUAUGGGUAAACAAUAAGAGAAGAUGGUUAGAAACUUAGAAUGAGAAGUCUCUAUUUCUACUUAUUUAAAGAUUAACUAAUAUCAACAAAUCAUACAUACAGAUGGAAGCAUCCGGAGGAGGGUUCCCUUGUGAGUGAGCUCCCGUGCUCCUCUUUUGGGAUAGGCCAUUCGGCUCACUCUCAUGAUAGACCCAAGGUCUACCCACUUUGCUUAAGAACCAACAUCCAUUUGUCAUUCCUAAGAGAAUGAGUUGAAGUUUUUGUCUGUCAUCUUAUGAGAAGGACUAAAGAGAUUCUUCAAUUGAAAUUGCAGGUUAAACACCAUUCCCUGCAAAUCAAAAGGAUACCAUCAUUCAAGAUGUUAAAACAACAUAAUAUAACAUGUUUUGACAAUAUUUCGUAUACUCUCUUCUUAAUCAACUUCUUUUUUUUUAUGACACUCUAUCGAUUUCUUAAAGACUAAAACUUGUCACUUGAGGUAACAAAUAGAUUGGUGGAUUCAUGAAUUUGAUCAAAUAGAUUUUUGGAUUAAUUAUGGAUCCAAGUGAUAUAUAAACAUUUGACCAUAACAUAAUUUUUCAACGAUAUUGUAUGCUAGAAAAUUAAAUUUUAGGUAUCAAAAUAUAAAAUAGAAAAAAGCAUACGUAGUAAACUAUAAUUUUCAAAUAAUUAUGAAUCCAAUCCAUGAAUCUACCAUUCAAAUUAGAUUUGGAUUAACUGGAUUGAAUUAAUUGAAUACAAGAUUGCCACAUCAACCUAACCGUGAUAUUGAUUCGGCUUUCUCGUUUUCAAGCCCUACUAUUAGUAGUCUUGACAUUCGUAUUGAUUUGGCUUUUUCCUUAUGAAGCUUGCUACCUUAGCCUCCUCUUCUUGGAGAAUUUCCUCAUUGCUUGAUUGGACGGCAAAAAAACACCAAUCAAUAAGUUAGAGUCAGGUAUUGGGAACGAUAUUAUUUUACAAUAGCAUGACAAUUAAGAUGACCAUUUGGUUUGUUCUUGUUUCCAGUGAGAAAUUUUUUGUUGGCUUGAAUUAAAUGUACUUUGACUUUUUUGGACAUCGAUUUCUAAAACAAACGAGAGCUGCUUGAUGAGAAAGGAAUCUAAGUUCAACUACUAUAUUCCUAUGAAGAUUCCUUAAGAGCUCCACAUGCUACAACUAUGACUACUCCUAUGACCAACCUUUCAUGGAAAGAGAGCUCUUCAACGAUGGUUAAAAAAAAUUAAGAAGGCAAUAGGUUAUCUGGUUUGAAUUUGACUAACCUGUCUUCUGACGUCUUCGUCUUCUAUUGUAGCAACUAGCAAUACGAAGUACUUGCCUUCAAAAAAUUGCUCCACUCCUUUCUAGGACGUGACUGACCAUGAGUGAUGGUUGCCCUCUUUACUGGUGAUCUUGAUAGGGGGCGUACCUAUGGAUGUUUAAUGUAUAAACAAAUCACACCUCGAGACACAAAAUCCAUUUAUCAUUCCUAACAUAAUGACUUUAAAUCUUUGUUUUUCAUCUUACGCGAAGGACAAAGGAAAUUAUUCAAUUGACAUAGUAGGUUAAACACCAUUCACUUUAUGUCAAAAGGAAAAGACCAAUAAAGAUUUUUUAUAAAUGGUAAUAACACAUAUGUUUUGGGUACUUAAUUCUAUUAUUUCAUUGUGUAUUUGAUACUUGUAUGGUUAAAAACGGAGACCUACUAAACUCUGAAAUUAUUUUAGUAUCAAUACCAUUUUGUGUUGAACAAUUUGAUGCAUUUUGGUAGAAAAGAGGGAAAACUAAGGGAUAAACAUAUUUCAUAUGCAAAGCCAAAAACACAUUGGUUCAUAGGAAAAUAAACUAGUGAGCUAGACCAAAGACUAGUGCAUAACCAACUCGGUUUGGGCCAGUUAUCUUCAGCCUAACAAAACUCAUAUAGCAGUAGCAUAAAAGGUCAUCUCAAGCCGUACAAAAACAUAAAUUUUCGGCCCUUUAAGGACAAUAAAAGAGAUCGCGAGAUUUUGUAGACUCAACUUCUUGAUACUUGGUAAAUUGAGGAUUCUAAAGGGAAUUAAUUUUCUUGUUGAUGAACGAAUUGUACUUAGGGGAUUCAAUUGGACAGAAUUCACCUGUGGAUUUUUUUUUUCUCUCUCCCUGUGAGAGUCUUGUUUCUUUCCCUGCUUUUAGACUGUUUGUUCGUCUUCCCUCUAGAAGUUUUAUCAUUUGCUCCUCCUUUGAUCUAUUUUUUCAUCUCAUUUCCUCCCUUUGAUACCGUUUCUCUGAAAGCGAGCUUUCAAAUUGUGGAAGAUGGAAAUAACAAAUGAUGUCCUUGAUUAAAUGUUGGUUCUCAUUGUACCAGACUCAGAAAAAGAUUGCAAAAGCAUUAUUGACUUUUGCAGUCCUCCUCAUGCUCCAGGUCCAGAUAUCUUAAUCUAUCUAGUACUAUUUGAACAAAUAUAGCAACGCUUCGAGCUUGGUUCAUGUAUGUUGUUAAUGCAUUUGAUAGUACACUGGAGAAUCUGGAGACAUUAGAAUAUGCUCAGGCCGAAUUCGAUGACAUAAUAAAUUCACCAUCCAUUUAUGCUAAUUUGAAAAGAUCAAAAGCCUAGCCAACGCGAUGGAACUUUACUCGUCAUUGGUCUUAUUAAUAAACAACACAUGGGCAG